UACAUUCACUCAAGAUUUUAUGCAAUUUCGUUUUGGGAUUCACACACACUCAUGGCUUAAGACAAUACAAGGAUGGCUGAGCAUAAAAGUGCAGCAGAAGUUCCUGUUGUGGUGGAUCCUUUGCAAACAGCUGACUAUCUCAGUGUAACAGCUGAUGCUGGCAAGGGCGACACAAACGUAAACAAAAUCAACCAUGAAAAUGUUUCAAGUAAUAUGAACGGGGAAACCCUCGAACCAAUGAAACAGACCUCGUCGAAUACCAGUCCGUUAUGUAUAGACAGCUUUAUCGGGAAUGAAAGUGUUGGUGUAAAUACCCAGGAUAAUAAAACUUACAACAACAACGCAAGCACUGCGAAACAGCUUCAGGAAGAAUCCAAGCAGACAGAGAAGUCUGGCUCGGGUUCGUCUUUAUUGUACAACAAAGUCACUACCGUUACAGAUCAAGUACCAUUCCAUCCUGCUGUAAACGGACCUUCAAAUGUGAAUGGAUCUAAUCAAAAUCAUAGAAAAGACCAAUCCACAAAACAAAAGAGGGGAAUAAGUUUUCCAAAAGACACAUUCAUUUCAGGAUAUUUUGAACCUCCUGAUCCUUGGAAAAAUGCACCAUCAUGGGAUACGAAUGAACUCAUAUCAGCAUACAAAACGAGUUGUGAACUUCAUGGAACUAAACCAAUCAUUAAGGUUUUACAGCAGUUGAGUACGAUAGCGGGUCCGGGAAAGCGUGAGGAACUAUUUAGCUUGAAAGGUGAGAAGCUGGAACAAAAGCAAUGUGAGGGCCUGGAGGAGGUUCUGAGGAGGGUGCAGUUCAAGUUAUUGGAUUUAGAAGCCAGCCAUUUGGACGAUGAGUGUGCUGUGGCCCUGUUUGACAUGAUCGAGUACUACGAGUCGGCGUGCCAGCUCAACAUCUCCUGCAACAAGGACAUCAGCGCCAGAGGAUGGCAAGCCUGCUCACGGCUUGUUCGCAGGACCCCGACCUUGACCUACCUGGACAUGAGAGGCUGUGACCUGAACGACAGAACCAUACCCAUCUUUGGCCGGGCCCUCAAGCUGGGAUGCCAUCUCACCAUUCUUCACAUGGAAAAGAUGAACCUGUCCGGGAGGCCACUCAUCAUUUUAGUUGCCGCUCUGAAAAUGAACGAAACCCUGCAAGAGCUGUUCCUGGCUGACAACAAACUGAUGCCGACAGACGGGGCCCAGCUGGGAACUCUGAUGCGCUACAAUCACAAGCUCAGUCUUCUAGAUCUCAGAAACAACCACUUACAAGAUGUGGGCACAAGCCACAUUUGUGACGGCCUCAUGGAGCAGAACAAAGGACGAGGUCUUCGAACCCUGGUGCUGUGGAACAACUCCAUCACUUACCAAGCCAUGCCGCCUCUAGGGAGAGCCUUGGCUGCUAGUGAAAGUUUAGAAACACUCAACAUCGGCCACAACAACAUCACAAAUGAAGGGGUCCACCUGCUUAAAGAUGGCCUGCUGAAAACCAACACUUUGCUCCGGCUGGGCCUGCAGGGGACUAAGGUGUCGGACGAAGGCUCUGUUGCCUUGGCGGAGUACAUCGCGGACAGCCUGAUUCUGCUGAGGAUUGAUCUGAGGGACAACGACAUCAAGACGGGCGGCCUGAUGGCCCUCUCCCACGCCAUGAGGGUCAACUCUUCCGUGACCAGGAUCGACCUGGACAAAGAGACCAAGAGGGAGUCUGGAAUGAAAGAUUACGCGGAGCAACAGAACCGACUUCAGCGGGACAUCAUCACCUUCCAGCAGAGAAAUGUCCAAGCCGCCAUCGAGAGGGAAGAAGCCGAGCGGGCCAAGCUGGAGGAGAAGGCGGAGGCUGCCGCGGCCGCUCGCCAGAAGGAGGCAGAGGAAAAGCAAGAGGAGGAGGACGCCUCACCUCCCCCCGCUCCUGUGGCUGGCGGUGAAGCAGUGGCUGACGCCAAGGUCAACGGAAGCAGUGGUGAGUCGUUCACUGUCAUCAGCAAGGAGGGAAUCACGGACAAAGAAGUGUCGUCUGAAGACAGCCCUGCUGCGGAAGUGUCGGAACAACCGGACAGCUCUGUCGUCGUCUCCGAAGCGUCGAGUCAACCUUGUGACGAGGUCGCCGCUACCUGCAGUGAUGAUGAUAAGCUUUGCGAGAGCAAGGUGAAGGCUGCCGUGCUGCCCUGCCCCGAUUCCCCGGUGGAGAGGCAGCAGCAGCAGCAGCCGAACCUGCGGCCCAGCAACCUAUUUGGCAAGUCUGGCCUUCACCCUCAAGAGUCGUUGGAUUCCCCGUUGCCUUGUGCCAUCAGUGACAACCCCAUGAUGCUGAGUGAGGGCCCUGAUGAUGGCACGUCGUCGUCCAGCGAUGAAGACAGGCUGCCGUCUGCUCCUGGAGGAGAUUCUACCCCUGGGAAAAAAAGUCUUUCCUUAAUCGUAGGCGCGCCCCCGGGCGAGAUGCUGCUCAGCCCGCAGUACUACCCCAAGCAACUGGCUCGCAAGAUCUUCUCGGUCAGUCGCGUAUCUGAGGACGGUUCUCAACAGCUGUCCUGCUCUCCUUCCCCCUCCUCCUCCCCCCUCCCCCACCCCCUGUCUGGUGCAUUCGACCCGCUCAAUAUUUCAACCGUUCCCUUAGAAUCUUCCUCCUCCGCUACAUUCUCCUCCUCCUCCUCCCCCUCCCCCUCUCUGUCGGAGAGUUGUUCGUCGAGUGGGCAGGGGUCAGACCCGCCCACCUCUGUGAGCCCCGCCUCUCUGGUCCAGGACCUGGCCACUGAGACGGUUAAACAGAUGGAGUGUGAGCUCCAGUGUGACGGGUCGGCGUCUGUAUCGGAGCUCGCUCGCUCUUCGUCGCCACCCACUAGCCCGGGUGGUGAUGACGACGACGGUAGUAUAGCUGUCGUUUCCUCGGGGGCGACUGACGGCCGGGAGAGUCAGUCGGAGCCCAGCUCCGAUUCGUCGGUGACUUUGUCUGGUGACGCUUCUUCGACGUGUCGAGAUGCUGCAGUAGAGGCCAGCUGUGAUAGACUGGAGGCUCCCACCAAACAUUCGGAAACUGCUGUAGAAGAAAAGGAACGCCGCGUGGCAGCGUCCACCGAGGGGAAACUAGAAAACCCAGGUCCGGCGGAGGACAGCACAAAACUGCUGAGUGGAGCGUCAGACACACUAGGUGGGGGCUCUCAACUUUCGGCCCUGCCAACGACUUCGUCUACAGAAAAUGAACCAAACGCUGAUGUCUCUGCUUUGGCGGAGAACAAACCCCACAAACAAUCGUGGCCGGACGAGGAGGCUUGUUCUGCACCUGCCUGUGGGGCUGGGGUCAGCGACGACGACAGCGUGUCCGAACCCACAGCGACGGAAGAGAGUGCGGUGAGCAACGGCGAGCUGCCUGCCCCCUCCACCACCCCGAAGGCUAAGAAGGACUCUGCAAUGUCAGGUAAGGCGGAGAAAAACGCAGUGACGGAUGGUGACAGUUCCACAGCCCAGGGGCCGCCUGCUGAGAAUCCCGACUCGAAAGACUCUCUGCCGUCAGAGAACCUGACCUCAGUGUCAGGGAAAGACUCUGCUCAAAGCUCUUGGACCACACCAGAGUCGCCCUCCUCCUCCUCCUCCUCUGUGCAGGCUUCAGCAGCCACCGGGCAGUCUGGAGAGCAAAGUCUCACCACCACCAGCAACACUCCCACGGGACCCACUGAGGACAGAACCCACAGUUCUUCUGCUCUUUUACCUGUUUCUGAUAAUUCCAACACCACCACCACCGCUACAACCACCAACACCGCUGCGACCACCACCAGUACCACCACGGCUCAAACCACCCGCACCACCCCCACCCCCACCAGCAGGCUCCUGGAGACAGACACGUCUCUGGCCAGCAAGAGCAGCUCCAGCGAUGUCCUUGACAUUGAGAACGUGGAUCUGAGCCUGGAGGAGGAGCCGUGGCUGGCGGUGGGCGGGGCCGAGGAUGCCUCAGACUCUCAGCCGCCGCCCUCGGGCAAGGUGGAGAAGCAGCCAGAUUUUUUCACCACCCUGUCGAUGAACGGGCUGACCCAGGAGCUGGCCAGUGCCCUCACCUCGCUGGACGGAACCUCGGCCUCCUACGGAGACGAAGAUGUUUACGAUGACGCAGACUUGCGCCCUCCCGACGAGUUUGAGAGAGAGUUGGAUGCUAUGCUAGCCGUUGUGAAGAGUGAACAGCCGUGGCCACUCAAAGAAUCCUGAGGUCUGCGAGAACCGGGAGCACUCACCAGUUUGUUCACCGUGUCAUUGAAAGGGCUGAAUGGAACUCUACACGUCUAAUCAAUAUGCAGAAUCGGAUCUAUUUCUUGUUUUAACCCCCCCUCCCCACAGAACCUACCGGAAGAAAGACAUCUAUCUAUCCUAUUGUUAUUUUAGUCUCUGUUACCAAUUUAUUAAAUACUUUUGUAUGAACAGGAAAUUAUAGUGGAAGGAAUUGUAUUUUUUCUCCCCCCCCCCUUUCCUUAUUUUUGUUGGGUGUUUAGUUCUUGGACGUCUUCCCCACUUAAGAUUUCAGCGCCUCCUGUUUUGAAUUGUUUCUAAGAAAUUGUUUAUCAGUGUUUGCUGGGUCAGUGUUUGCAGGGGGUUUCUGUUCAUUUUACUCAAGGCUUUUACCUGAUUGGUUACAACGGAAGCUUACUGUUCUAAUUGAAGAGAUCACGUUCCGUUUAUGACGUGUACAUUUUGUAGAGAUUUUCCUUUUUUGUUGUUGCCGGUUUUUUGGGGUUUUUUGUCGCUAUUAUUUAUUUGAGAAUAGUAGCAUCAGUGAUCUAUCAAUCGAGUGUUUGGCCCCUAUUGUUUCGGUCUAUCGUAUGUAUAUACAUAUAAUAUCAGUGAUGGAAUUCCUUGUUGCUUGCUAGAGGCAGAAGAAUUUCAUGGACUGGUAAGCAGGUGGGGACUUUAUUCAUUUGAUGUGAAGACAAAUUGCAAGCUGGUAAAGCAUAUUUCUGUAUAUAUAUAUAGGGGUACAAUUGUAUUUUAAAUAGCCUCUGUUCUUGUGGUUGUGUGUGUAUCGAUGGCUAGAGGGGAAUGCUCUUGACAGAUGAGGAGGGUACGGUGAUGGGAGCUGUGACAAACAAGUUAUGGGAAGUGGGUGGUUGGCGGGUGCUCUGGUGUGGUUUGCUUCUUCUUCUUUCCUAUCAAACAUCUAUCGUCCUUAUCUCCCCUCCUUCUUUUUAAAAUGGUUUUUACUCUCUUGUAACACCUCUAAUCUUCAGCACUUAUAUCACCUAAUUGUGUUGCAAGUGCCGUAAAACUCUUAACUAAAACAAAAGAUUUACUCGAAAUUGUUUCUUUGUCUGUUUCAAUACAGACGAAUUUGCCCAAGAUAACCCCCCAUUGUUGAGGAGAAAUGUGGUUGUCUUAGACCAGCGGAAUCUUGGACAGUGUUAUUGUAAUAUUGAAUAUUUAGAAGAAAGAAAAGCAAAACGGGAAGUGAGAAGUGGUUAUUUGUACAGGUGGUUGUCUUAAAGACCUGGCCGUUAGAGCAAACAGGUGGUUGUCUUAAAGACCUGGCCGUUAGAGCAAACAGGUGCUUGUCUGAAAUACCUGGCCGUUGGAGCAAACAGGUGGUUGUCUUAAAUACCUGGCCGUUAGAGCAUGUUGGACUUAAUUUUGCAAUACCCCACUCUCGUCUGUUUAAAAAAAAAAAAAGCGGUGUUCAGUUUGACAUUUUCCUCGUGUUAUAGUGGUAGUUGAACAUAUUAUUUUAUUAUAUGCCUCUUUUAGUUGUUGUUUUUUUUAACUUGUGGAGAGCAGUUAGAAACAUUUUCGACAGGCCCUUCAGUUUUCCGUGUAGGCUGCAAUGUUUGCAAGAUGGACACUGUUUGGAUACAUCAGAAGUGCUUGAGAUAUAUAUAUAACAAGGGAACUCUGCUUUUUGCCUGGCGUAAAAUGUCAAUGUCUGUUUUAGCACAGCUGCCAGAACACAGUGUGGUUCCAUAUGGAUGCUUGUAACCGGCAGGAACAUUCUACUGAGAAUCUGUGAAACAGAAGCAGGCGUCUUCAUGUGUGGUUGUGCUUAUUUGAAGAAGGAGAGCUGCGAGGAAACAGGAAGAUUCAACAACCUGUGUGGUCCUGCGCCACGGAUCUCCAACUAGAUUCUUACUGGGAGAAUAAGCAGAUCAAAUGGACUUUGAGGGUGGAUCCUAAGGAGAAUGGGGGAGCUGCUGUGCCGUAAGCUGACAAAAUGCAUUUUUUCAUUUUGGCACCAACAUUUUUUAUUUGCUAAAUCGAAAGCCUGAUCAGUUACCCUACUUGUGUGAAAAAACAAAAUUGAAACGGCGUCUAGUUUUUAAAAAAUAAAUUAGAAUUCAAAUUUCGGAAUGACUGUACUGUUUUUAAAUGAUUACCUUGACGAAAGGUCUUUUUUUCUCGAAACUGCUCUGAAGAAAAAAGUCGUUUUGUCAGGUGACGACAGUCCAGGACAUGUACAGUCUGCGAUGAUCCCAACCUUGUAGACAAAUAGACAGGUAGUUGUUUCUAGUGAUAAGUUCAGUCAGGACUGAAAAAGUUCUACAGCACAAAUUUUGUAGUCCGGCAUUAUUGCACAAGUUUUGAUUUGGUCGAAUUUUGUAGUUGUAGGUGUGGAUAGUCGAGACAGUGGCGUGGACUUCAACAUGUAGAGGCGCAUUAGUUUACAGUGCAGUCUCUCUAUAACGACAUUGUCGCGACCAGACAAAAAUGUUGUUAUAGAGAGUUGUCGUUUUUAGAGAGGCAACCGAAAGUUACUAAUGAUGUAUGAGGAAAAAAUCUUGAACUGGGCACCAUGUUGCUACACAGAAGAUGUCGUCAUAUCGAAGGUCGUUAUAGAGAGGCUGCACUGUACUUCCCAUCUUUUUUUUUUCCCCCUGACCUGUAUUCCUGUUGCUGGUGUUGUUUUAGUUCCAUAUUGUCAUUCCCCCAAGCCCCAUUUAUAUUGUUUUGUCUGUUUUAAUUUUUCUUUUUCAUGCAGAGGAGGGGAGAGGGAGGGAGCGAUGAAAAGGGCGGGGUUGGGGUGAGGUUACUUUACCUGUAUACUGAGUAAGAUUUUGUCACAUUUUUGUAGAUUGAAAGACAAACCUGAACUGUGUGCCGGUACAAUCUUGCUGUCGGUUCAUGAUGUUCUCUCUCACACUUCUGAUCUGAUGUUGUUUGUCACAACACAGUUGAUAAAGGCAUUUAUUUACCCUGGCAGUAGAUGAGUCUGUUCUGUAGGCAGGUUGAAUACUUUGGGGCCCUCUCUAGCUUUACAGUGUUUGUAAGGGCUAAUUUGUAAAAUAAUAUUUCUGAUUUUAAUUAUUAUAAGCAGGCUGGUGAUUAAACCUGUCGCAGAAAGUUGUGCCUAUUACUCCUAGCUUGCACAUUUGUCAUCCUGAAUAUUACAGAGUAGUUACUUUCUUACUUAUUUAUAGCAUUUGAGUGAUAUCUGAUCAUUUGACUUGUGCAUAGCCAUCUGAUCAUAUGACUUGUCCAUGGCCAUUUGAUCAUAUGACUUGUGCAUAGCCAUCUGAUCAUUUGACUUGUGCAUAGCCAUGUGAUCAUGUGACUUGUGCAUGGUCAGUUGUGAACUUAUUCGUACUUUACUAGUGGGAUGAUGAGAAUGAGAAUGGAUAUCCGUCUGUGUGUGAGGAGAGUCUUGUGUGUGGGUCAAGCUGACCUGCAGUUGUGGCUUUCUUUCAUUUCUUUUGUUUCAUAUCACGGUGGCGCUUGGUGGUGCUGCAAAAGGAUGACAGGAGCCGGCCUCGAAGUUGCAUGCACAAGUCCCUACCAAAGAUCGUGUAUAAUAAGAUAGUUCGCUCCUCCUCUUUGAGCCAGUUCAAAAAGUGUCCUCAAAAUCCGGUGACGCCCGUUAAAAAAAGUGCGGACUUUGCGAACAGAGUUACCCUACUUGUG